GUGAGUGAGUGAGUGAGAGUGAGUUUCAUCUCAAAUGGCUACUAUUUGUCCAGUUGCUCUGCUCCAUCAAGAAGCUAAUACUUCUCUGCUCAAAAUACGAAGUGCUAAGACUCUAGCUGAAUCUUCCAAGCUCACUUCCAUCCCCUCCCACUGCACCUUCACCAACUCCACUUCCGGUGAUCAAGCCGUUCAUCCUGACCACGAUGACUCCAUCCCCAUCAUCGACUUCUCUCUCCUCUCCUCAGGUGAUCCCGAUCAACGGUCUAAAGUCGUCUCGCAUCUUGCAAAGGCUUGUCAAGACUGGGGCUUCUUCAUGGUGAUCAACCAUGGAGUCCCCGAGAGCCAAAUGAAAGCGAUGGUCAACAUGCUGACAGGAUUCUUCGAUCUGACCGAGGAAGAGAAGAUGGAGUUCAAAGGGAAGCACGUGUUGGACCCCAUAAGAUGCGGGACGAGCUUCAAUGCUUCGGUCCACAAGGUGUUUUCCAGGAGAGAUUUUCUGAGGGUGAGUGUGCAUCCGAAGUUUCAUUGCCCCACCAAACCAGAAGGCUUCAGUGAAGUUUUAACAGAAUACUCUGGGGCGGUCCGGAAAUUAGCUAGAGGACUGCUCAAGGGUAUUUCGGAAAGCCUAGGACUCGAACCGGGCUAUAUUGACAAGGCAAUGAACAUGGAUUCAAGCCUACAGAUAUUAGCGGCGAAUCUGUAUCCGCCGUGCCUGCAGCCAGAACUCACUAUGGGCGCGCCACCACAUGCAGACCACGGCCUGUUGACCAUCGUCCUGCAGAAUGGAAUUGGCGGCCUCCAAGUGCACCAUGACGGGAAGUGGGUCGAAAUAGAUCCCAUUCCGAACGCCUUUUUGGUCUACACCGGUGAUCACCUAAAGAUUCUGAGCAAUGGGAAAUACAAGAGUGUUCUACAUCGAGCUGUCGUGAACGACAAGGCUACAAGGAUAUCGAUCGCUCUGUCUAAUGGACCAUCGCCUGACACUGUCAUCACGCCAGUGGAGCAGCUGGUGGAUGGCAAGAACAACCGAGCCAUGCACAUCGGGAUGAAAUACAAGGACUUCCUGGAACUUCAACAGAGCAUCGUACUCAAUGGGAAAUCGGGUCUGGAUGGGGUUAUAAUACAGCCUGAAUUGUCGGAACUUCAACAUAGCAGUGUACUCUAUGGGAAAAAUCGAGCUUUCUAAAUGGCAUCCCCCAAAAUUUGGAAGGACAAAAGGUGCAGUCUUUUGUAUGUCCCUGUAACGUCUUGCAAUUCUAGAGUAAGAGACGAUUCUCAAUACGAACGCCAUGAUCUUCUCAUAUUCAUAUAUGAUCAAUAUAAAAAAAAUUGUAAUUACAGAUAUAUCAGCGAGGCUGUACGUCUGAAAUAGUCAUUUCGUUGGCCGAA